UGUGGCCCGUGUGGUGUGGACGCUUCAGUUUUGCCAAAUCACGCCUUUUUUUGGCAUAUAAGGACAGAGGAGGUUCCCGAGCAGGAACUCAACGGAAUCUUUACAAGUUGACCAGUAAACACUCUUCUCCGAUAGCUGCUGUGAGGAGUUCCAGAGUCAUCUGACCCACCCAUCUUUUUUCUCCCGCCAUAAUAAAUAAGGGGUAUCCUCGAAAGCACAACAAGGGCGUAAUGAUAACUGGGAAAGGAUUAUUGCAGAGUGAUGAGUUGUAUCAGUAUGUCCUGGAGACUAGUGUGUACCCCCGUGAACCAGAGCUUCUAAAGGAGCUGAGGGAUGUUACUGCUAGCCACCCUAGGGCCAUAAUGGGUACUGCACCAGAUGCAGGUCAGUUGAUGGCAAUGCUCUUGAAGCUAGUAAAUGCCAAAAAGACAAUUGAAGUUGGAGUUUUCACUGGAUACUCCCUACUCCGCACUGCUCUUACAAUUCCUGAUGACGGCAAGAUAAUAGCUAUAGAUUUGAAUCGAGAUACGUAUGAGAUAGGCUUGCCAAUCAUCCAAAAAGCUGGCGUUGAACACAAAAUUGACUUCAUUCAGUCUGAAGCUCUGCCAGCUCUCGAUAAACUUUCAGAAGACCAUGAGAAUGAAGGAAGUUUUGACUUUGCAUAUAUUGAUGCAGACAAGGUUAAUUAUUUGAAUUAUCAUGAGAGGCUGAUGAAACUGUUGAAAGUUGGGGGGAUAGUUGCCUAUGAUAACACACUCUGGGGAGGAUCAGUGGUGAUGCCUGAGGAGUCGGUUCCAGAGUGGAUGAGACCGGGAAAGCAGUGGACACUCGGGGUUAACAAAGCACUGGCAGCUGAUCCUCGCAUCGAAAUUUCUCUUACUCCAUUGGGUGAUGGGUUCACAAUCUGUCGGCGUAUCUACUGAUCUUUCGUCCUUUAAAUGUAAAACAUAUUCAGACUUCCCGUCGUCGUUUCACUUUGUUCUGGUAUAAAUGGAAUAAAUUGCAUAGCAAUGUGUUGCCUGUGUAUGCUUAUGACGUCAAAUUUUUUAAUGUAGAAGAAUGUCCGUGCUUUUGAAUCUA